ACACUAUCUUAGUUUUGACGUGAGCCUCAGCAGCUUGAAUUGCCACCACUGCUUUACCGAGCCAGCCGCCAUCAUACCAGGAAUGCCCCACCAGCUUCCCUUCUUACUCUCGACGGUGUUGCCAUGUUGAUGGAUGAGGAUGCCUCGAUUAGCAGCCUGGAUUCAGAGGUUGACCUGGGAGAGCUGCUUGGUGCCAUGGAUGAUGCCCUGAAGGAACAAAAUAUGGCUAAGGUUACGGAGGUCAAGGCAUUGGUAGAGCAAGGUUUGAGUGUAUUCCUCUCUUCAUGCAACCACCAGGAGGGCUGGCUCGGGCUAGCAGAGAUGAGAGCGCAGCAGUACGGCCAGCUGGCUAAUUUACUCCUAAGUUACAUUCCCCAGUAUGCAGAGUGUUAUGAGUCAUACUCCUUGGCUCUGGCUCUCAAAGACUUAUCUAGACAUCAUUUCAUAAGUGUACGUGAGGAAAUGAGCAAUGUCCUGCAGUAUGUUGAUAGUGAAAGCAUAUCUCAGAUGGUUCUUCAGAUGACAGAGCAGGUGUCGUUCUAUUUCCGAAGUGUUGAGCAGCUGCAGUUGCCACAAGAAGGAUCUGGUCACAAGGAGUUAUCAAAGCAGCAUGCAGUAUGGGGAGAGAAGCCCAUGAAAGAGAUUUUAGAAGAUGCACUACAAAGAGGUUUGGUGAAAGCUGCAGAGUCCUACCUGCAGCUGAAACCCUGGGUGUAUGGUGCUGUCACAACUAACAUGGUCAUUUCAACCUGCAUUGACAUAGCAAGACAGAAAGAAACUGAAAAUUCUAAGGCUGAAAUUUUAAUGAACAUGGAUGACUGUUACAAUGAAGCACUAAAGCAGAUUUUGCAUUCAAGUGAUGACCUCUUUGAAGUACAAGUACUUGGUACAGUGUUAGGAGCAAGGAGCCUUCUCAGUGUUGUGGAAACCCAUGCUGUUAAUCUGGUUAUCAACAUACACAGAACUUUGCCUGAUCUCUUGACUCUACCGCCACAGGUUUGGACAGAACUUGUAAAGUUAGGUGAUGCCUCGGCUGAUGCUGUCACUGGACCAAUGACAGUGAAGCAAGUAUCACAGUGGACUCCCCUAUCCAUGAUGCUGGUGAUGACUGACCUUUAUGCCUGUACUGCAGAUCCGGAGAUCUUGCAGAGUGUGGAUGCAGAUGUGAUGUGGCAGUAUCUCCUCCACCAGCAUGACAUCAGGAAUUUAAAGAAAUGGAUUCUCUUAGAGUUCAAUGGCCAAGACCAAGACCAAGAGGGUGAUGUCACACUGCGCGAGGAGCAGGCUUGGUCGGAUCCCGCCUACCGAUCACCAAGGAGGUCACAGCCAACAGCAUCAAUGCCUGAAACCCUGGGGGAAAUCUCUGAAACAAAGCACCUUGGGCCCAACCUUUUCAGUGGCCCACAGUAUGGCAGUGAAUUUGGAUCGUCUCCGCAGUCUCAGGAUGAGCUCUCAAUUGAGUCUACUUCGCUAGGACCUGGUGAUGCUGAUACAUGGAGUGUCCAAAGCUUCGAGGUCCAUGAUAGAAGGGAUACUUUGUGGUCCGUGCAGCAUUUCAAGCCUAUUACCCAGAGCAUGGUAGAUCUUGUUGUCAUUGCAAAGGAGGCAUUCGUGGAAGUCGUACUGAAUAUCCUAGCUAGAUAUGGGGUGUUCAUCACAAAAGAGAAGAAAGAUCCACAGCUGCUAAUGAGGCGCCUGCUUGUGUCAGGAGCUUUUGAAUUGGUCUCCAGCUUCAAGGGCAACCACAGCUGUCAGGUCUUAGAGAGGGACAUCCACACUACUCUCUUAAAAUUCUUUGGAGACAAUGACUUUGUUCUCCCAGCAUAUGACUAUGUUGAACACUUCUCACCAGAUGGAGGAAAUGAACUCCUGGUUGACCUUGAAAUGCCACCCUGGGCUAAUCUGAUUGUUGCCUUCAGGAAACUAGGUGAAUCUCAUUCAAAAGACACUAUCUAUGAUCUGAGCUUAAAGAAUCUUUCCCUCUUGAGUGAAAAGUGUCAAAACCCAGAAGAAUUGCACCUUCCUGCAUUUCUUACCAUGCUCUUUGCUCCAUCAAGCUCGCUGGAGAAUUUCAUCACAUGCAAUCCUGACAAACUAGAGGCCACUGAUGAAGGUGAAAUUUCAUCUUUAUAUGCCAUCCUAUCUAAACACAAUACCACACCAAAGCAGGUGAUAGAGGGACUCUCCCUGAAGUAUCCAUAUUUAGAGAAGCUGAAGAAAAAAACAAAUGAGGCCACAUUGGAUGUAACUAUGUAUGAUCUCUUGUGUGGGAAUGUUCCUUAUGACAUAGCAAGACUCUUCACAUGGCAGCCAGGGAACAAGCAAGGUUAUGACGAAGAUGGAAAACUUCCUUGCUUCUCAGACGAAGAACUGAUCAGCAAUUAUGGUCUCCAACACUCCCUAGAUUUCAUGUAUUACCUUAGAGAAGCCAGACCCACAUAUGCGUGUGCAGCUAUAAUGACAAGCAUGUAUCUAAAUAAGUCAAAGAAGAAGGUUGAAGAUGUGAAGGGUGCCAUUUAUGGGCUGGCACUUGGCUGUUGGCCUGAACGGGCCAUUUCUGCUGCUUGUGUUGCCGUACUGCUCAUGACUGGCCUUCCUGCUAAUCCACUGAGAACAAUCUUGGCAGCAGCUUUCCAGAUUUUACAAGCUAGAAAUGAAAGCUGUGCCAAGUUAAAGUGGGAAAAACGCCAAGCACAGGAGCAUUUAACCACCACUGAAAUCAAGGACCUUCUUCACCAGCUCUGUGAAGUCAGCACACGAGUCACAGCAGCAAAGAUGGUACUGAAGAUGCUGGAGGAUUGCGUCAUGAUGGCUCUCAUGGAAAAAGCCAAAGAGGAUCAAAGUGCAUUGAAUGAGAGAGCAGAGAAAGAGGACACCAAAAAAGACGAUAGUACAGAGAAAAAUAAGUUAUCAAUAGAGCAUGUACAGACAUUCAUGGAAGGCAUGAGACUUUGCAUGGAAUUCUGUUGCAUAUAUGAGCUUCCAUGGCCAACAAGGCUUCUGAAACACCUGGCUGAGUUGGAUCAAUGGUUGCUUUUCCUUGCAUCAGCACAGAUCUACAAGUUUCCAAGAGAUGAGGUGCUGAAAGCUGCUGAGUCUUUCCGGAGUAUAGCUCUACGGGAACAUAUGUUGUUUGCCCUAACACAUAUAUACUACUACCGUGAGGGUCGUGAACCCCGUGAGAGGUCUAGAGAAGGGUCUCGCAGGACUAGAUCAUCAUUGUACUCAAGAAUUGGCAUCAAAGUCAGAGAAGAUUCACUGUCACCAACUCAAAGCAGUGAUGAGAACCCAAGGAGUACAAGCCCAAGUGAGCCAGAGGUUUCCAUUAUUGACGAUGCUUUGUCAUUUACAACAACAGAAACAUGCCAUGAUUUUGGAAUUGAUUCAUGGUUGUCAUAUCGACAUAAUGAUAUUUACUCUAUUCUCCUGACUUGUCAUCAAAGAGAAAAUGCAGCUUCAGAGCUUGUCACUGCAGCAGUUGCUUUAAAUAUUCCUAUAUUGUGUGUAUUUGCUGCUUGCUAUGAGAGACAUAAUGUUUUUACAUGCUUGUCAGUCUGGUUGUACACACAGCUACCUAAGGCAGCCAAGAAGACAUUGCAUCAACAUUUAAUCAAAAGUGAAAUUUACAUGAGUCUUAUUAAUGACAAUUCAAAGUUAAAACAACCAGAGGGUAACUGCUGUCGUACAUGUGAUAACAAUGUUCUGCAAGCACUUCAAGAUGAUUUGAAAUGGAUCCUCUUAGCUCAUAUAUCAAAAGGAUCUGUAGAUGUAGCUGUUGAAGGACUAAAGAUAUUCCUUCCUAAUUCCCCCAUUUUAUCCCUGCUUUUAGCAAUAAAGGAAGUGAAUGGAAUGUGCUGCAAAGAAAAGGUAGAGAAGUACCUAUCUGCUUCAGCUUCAGCAUUAGAGAAUGAAAUCUGUCUUGAAUCAUAUGCCGCAAGUGGUAGAAGAGAAUGGUCAACAAGAACCAUGAUUGACAUCAUUGGCAAAGCCCUUGAUGAAUUCAUAACAAAUAGUCAUUUGCAGUGCUACUUUUUAUCUGCUAUAACUGCAAUAAGUCAGCAGCCUCCCUUCAGUAGCCAUAAUGUAAACUGGACUUUGAUUGGACAGCUUUGCAAGGCUUUGGGCUCAGUGAAACAUCAAGUGACUUUUUUGGAUCUGCUUUGGUGUUUUGAGACAGGUGAAUUGAAGACCUAUGCUAAUAGCAUUGUCUCAUGCUUAAGUGAAAAUAGGUAUUUUUCAGAGGCUCUUUCAGUGUCACAGCUAACAUCUCUGCCAAUAUUUACAAUAGUGUGUGCCCAGCUGCGAGCAGAGUUUGAGAAGAAUCAAGGCACUGUUAUAGAAAACUUAUCAAACUUGGAGGAUUACCUUGCCAAGAGCCAUAAAAGGCUUUGUCAAGAAUCUGUGCCUCCUGAGCAUGCUGCAACUUGUUUCAUUUCCAUAAGCAAGGAAUUGAGUGAUCCUGCCAUGAAAUACCUUUGCUUACAGUAUGUUGUAAUAUGGGUAAGUAAGGAAGACAUCCCAGCUGAUUUAACAGAUAUAAAGGAAAGCCUGGAGUGUGAAAUGUGGGAAUCCUACAUCCAAGCUAUCCUUAAUAAAGAAAGUAACUUAUCGAAGGGAAUGAUUAAGCCUCCAUCUCACUUGGGCGUUUGGCCUUGGGAAGGGCAAGACGGCACCAGCCCCCUUGACCGCAAACUCAUAAUCACAUCAGCAGAAUUGAAGAGCGAAAUAGUUCCACAACUGGUUAGUGAGGAUAAAGAGCUGAAACACAAAUCCCAAGAUACAGCAUCAACAAAGGAAGGAGACCUAGGCUCACCAGAUAGAACAAGAGACAUAAAUAAUGACACUCCAGGCAAGGAAGAAGAAAGAGAAGGAGAGUCCCAGAGCAAGAAUGCAAGAGACAAAGCCACUCAGUACCUGGUGGAUAUGUGUAUUGAUGAAGGAAUGCUUAGUACAGCUUAUAGAAUACUGGUAUUCUUUCACCAGUCUAAUAGAAACAUGGAAACUUUAUUAUCACUGCUGGGUUUGGCUGAUGGAAGUGAAGUUGAGGAGGGAGGAGGAGAGGAAAAAGAGGCCUGUGCAGAGUUUAGAAGAACCUCACCCCCUCAGUCUGUGGGAAGAAGAGGACGAACGAGAAGUCGUGGUAUUAGUGUUUGCAGUGGUCUGAGUGUGAUCUCCCUCGACCCUGAAGAUGAGAUUGGAUUGAAGACUCCAACACUAAUUAAAAUGUCCACAGAGUUGACUCAUGGAAGAAAUACAGCUGAACGUAUUGUGAUGCUGUACAGAGUUGCAGCAGCUUUGGAUCUGUCAUAUGUCUAUGUCAUUCACCAUCCUACUCCUAUUACUUUGGUAUCGCUGGUCCUACGGUUGAAUGUGGGUGGAGUCAUACAACUGGCGAGAGAUUUGAUUCAUGCCCUCCCAGUACCUCAGUCUUCCAUAGCAUCCUUUUUAUGCGAAGAAGCCGUAGCAACUAUUACUGCUGGGCCUAGUGCCACCCAAAGGGAUAGAUUGCUGUUAUGGGAAGAGUUAGAGACACAUUGGUGUGAGAUGAUAACACUUUGUGAAGAUCCCUCAUCCCUUGGCAAUCAGCUGCUUCUCGUUGGACAACGAAUUGGAUCUUCCCAUCCUGACCAGGUGGAGAAAGUGCACAGCAUGAGUGUAGAGUUGGUUAUACGAGCUCAUGACUGCUUCACGGCUGCAUCGAACAUGGAGGGUAUUAGCACAGUUCUCAGAACAGCAUUGGCAUUGACAGGAUCACUUUUGCAACAUUCACAGUGGUCUCUUAUGGUACGCCUCUUGACGGGAAUAGGAAGAUAUAGCGAGAUGUCUUAUGUAAUAGAUGCCCUGAGGGAACAUGACCAGUUUGAGCCACUGCUGGGUCGCGGAUCAGACCCUAGGGGCUGCAAGAAAGGCUUAGACCGGGCAUUGGUGCACUAUCUGCGUUCUAAAUACCCAGAAGACACGGAAACCUUGAGACUGGUGGCUCUUCAUUUCCUACUUUAUUCUGAGGUUGCUGAAAUGUGGGCUACUGAUGCAGAAAAGGCUGUAGAGAAAGUAUUAGAAGCAACUGUUGACUUGGGAGUGUCAUGUAGUACUGGUAUGACCAGUCCACCAGUAAGGUCAACCCCUAAUAAGAAUUCUACUCGUGAGAUGUCCACAAAGAAUACACCAAGAAAAUCAACACCAAUGAAAGGAUUAUCUUCUCCCACUGGUGCUGGUCGCAGUUUUCCUGCUAAUGACCAGUUUGACCCAGAUUACCUUCACAAUGCAGAUUCCAAACUAUUAGUACAAGCCAUGCAUAGCUAUGCUCAUGCUGCCCAAUACUAUAUGCAGGAUCAACAGCUGGCUACAGCAGUAGAGUACAGUCGGCAAGCAGAACUAGUAGCACUGCAAACAGCCCAUGUACGUAAUGCUACUUCAGGUUCUGCUCUGAGGUUGCUGAAACUUUCACCGGGAGGAGUUAGAUGUGUUACCACUAGGCUCUUAAGAGUAUGUGAAGCCCAGUUAGUGGGAAGAGCAUACAAUUUGAGUGUGGAUUGGGGAGCAGCUCUCUACCAACAGUUCAUAAACAAGGGUGAUGAGAACUACCUUACAGAAUACCUAGCACACUGCACUCUAUCUCCAGAAAUUGUGUUAGAUGUUAUUAAAAAGUUAGAACACGAUGGAGUCACAAAGGAACGGCAGGAACGAGUGGCACUGCUGCUCAAGCAUGUUCAAGAGGCAGAUGUUGUUUACAGAGUGGCAAGUCAGCUGGGUCUUCGAGGAACGGUUGAUGCAUGCCUUGCCUCGUCAUCUGCUCCUUACCUCAGAGACACAGUCUUUACAAAAGGAUUUACGUAUGGAAGUUAAAGAUGGCAAAACAAAAUACAACGCAUUCUGAUUCUUCCCUUGUAAUUGAAGUGCUCAAUUAUCAUACUUAUACUUAUUCGGGUCAGUGUACAAUAUGAGGUUCAAAUUAUACUCCGAGAAAAUAUUUUUCUCCUUUUUUUUUCUAAAUUUUCAUACAUGAUUACAAUACAAAUAUUAAAGGUAGUUAACUCAACCUGUUUACAAAUAUAUAUCUGAUUUUGUUCAAUAUACUUUUAUAUAUACUUAAUAACUUACACUAUAAAUUUUAUGACUGCUACCUCUAAAAAAUAUAUAUCCAAAGUUAAAUACAUAGAACAAGGCACUAGUCAAAUGAUCAUAAAAGUAUAUAUUUACUAUAUCAAUUAUACUUUUUUUUUUUUUGCUUCUGUAAUUAGAGAAGUGUAAAUCACUCUAAAAAUGAUAUGUCAAGAAAUGCCAUUCUGAUAUAUAAUAAGAAUGUUAUAUGGAUAAAUUACUUUCAUAGAAUAAUUAAACUGUUGAUAACUAAACAUGAAUAAUUGUUAUUUUUUUCAAAUCUAUACAUGGCAGUAAACUUAAGAUACAAAAAUAAUAAAAUUAUAUUUUUUCAGGAUGAUAUCUGAUAAACAAUGUUAUGUAAUGUUUUAUCACUAAAAAUAAACAUAUUUGGUA